CCGCCGCUCCUGCAGCCGCUUGGGACGCAAUGUUGAGCCUCCAGGAUUCCGUGUUUUUUGAAAUUAGCAUCAAGUCCUUGUUAAAGUCCUGGAGCAGCAGCUCUUCAGCACCGGUCAGCACAGUGACUAAGAACUGCUCCUCUUCUAACUUUCAUUCCUCUUUGGGAAAAAAGAGUAUCAUCAUGUCAAGCAUUACGAUUGACCCGGAUGUCAAACCUGGUGAAUAUGUCAUCAAGAGCCUCUUUGCAGAAUUUGCUGUUCAAGCUGAAAAGAAAAUUGAAGUUGUAAUGGCUGAACCCUUGGAGAAGCCGUUGUCUAGAUCUCUUCAGAGAGGUGAAGAUCUUCAGUUUGAUCAGUUGAUAAGCUCUAUGAGCUCAGUAGCAGAGCACUGCCUCCCUUCCCUCCUCCGCACCUUGUUUGACUGGUACCGACGCCAGAAUGGAGCUGAAGAUGAAUCCUACGAGUACAGGCCUCGAUCUAGCACAAAGUCUAAGGGGGAUGAACAGCAACGUGAAAGAGAUUAUCUUCUCGAAAGAAGAGAUUUAGCCGUAGAUUUCAUUUUUUGUUUAGUUUUAGUUGAAGUUCUAAAGCAGAUUCCUGUUCAUCCUGUGCCUGAUCCCUUAAUCCAUGAAGUUCUAAAUUUAGCUUUUAAGCACUUUAAACAUAAGGAAGGAUAUUCAGGAACCAACACUGGGAAUGUGCAUAUUAUUGCAGAUUUAUAUGCAGAGGUGAUAGGGGUUCUUGCCCAAUCAAAAUUUCAGGCUGUGAGAAAGAAGUUUGUGACAGAACUAAAAGAACUGAGACAAAAGGAACCGAGUCCACAUGUGGUGCAAAGUGUCAUCAGCUUAAUAAUGGGAAUGAAGUUUUUCCGAGUAAAAAUGUAUCCUGUAGAAGAUUUUGAAGCAUCAUUUCAGUUCAUGCAGGAAUGUGCUCAAUAUUUCUUAGAAGUAAAAGACAAAGAUAUAAAACAUGCGCUGGCUGGUUUAUUUGUGGAAAUCCUUAUUCCUGUAGCUGCUGCUGUUAAAAAUGAAGUGAAUGUUCCCUGUUUGAAGAAUUUUGUGGAGAUGCUUUAUCAGACUACUUUUGAACUGAGCUCCAGAAAGAAGCACUCAUUGGCUCUGUACCCCCUAAUUACCUGCCUUUUAUGUGUCAGUCAGAAACAAUUUUUUUUAAAUAACUGGCAUAUUUUCCUACAGAACUGUUUAUCCCAUCUGAAGAUGCCAUCUAACAACAGUAUCAGAAAACAAAUAGAAACCCUCCAGAAUAAAGAUCCUAAAAUGUCCCGAGUUGCACUGGAAUCUUUGUAUAGAUUAUUGUGGGUUUAUGUAAUCAGAAUAAAAUGUGAAAGCAACACUGUAACUCAGAGUCGUCUUAAUAGCAUAGUGUCAGCACUUUUUCCCAAAGGUUCUCGGAGUGUGGUUCCUCGUGACACACCUCUCAAUAUAUUUGUGAAAAUUAUUCAGUUCAUUGCUCAGGAACGUUUGGAUUUUGCAAUGAAAGAAAUAAUAUUUGAUCUUCUCAGUGUUGGAAAAUCCACUAAAACUUUCACCAUUAAUCCAGAGAGAAUGAACAUUGGCCUCAGAGUCUUCCUGGUCAUCGCGGACAGUUUGCAGCAGAAGGAUGGGGAGCCGCCAAUGCCGACAACCGGGGUCAUUCUUCCCUCAGGAAACACGCUGCGUGUGAAGAAGAUCUUUCUCAACAAGACCUUGACAGAUGAAGAAGCCAAAGUCAUAGGAAUGUCUGUUUACUAUCCCCAAGUGAGGAAAGCAUUAGAUAGUAUCCUCAGACAUUUGGACAAAGAAGUUGGGAGGCCAAUGUGUAUGACAAGCAUACAGAUGUCCAACAAGGAGCCUGAAGACAUGAUCACGGGAGAAAGAAAACCCAAAAUUGAUUUGUUUAGAACCUGUAUUGCUGCUAUUCCGAGACUGAUUCCUGACGGCAUGAGCAGGACCGACCUCAUUGAGCUGUUAGCAAGACUCACAGUUCACAUGGAUGAAGAACUGCGCGCUCUGGCUUUCAAUACUCUGCAGGCACUAAUGCUGGAUUUUCCAGAUUGGCGGGAAGAUGUUCUUUCAGGAUUUGUCUAUUUCAUUGUUCGUGAAGUCACUGAUAUCCAUCCCACGCUUCUUGAUAAUGCUGUAAAGAUGUUGGUACAAUUAAUAAAUCAGUGGAAACAAGCAAUCCAGAUGCAUAACAAAAAUCAGGAUUCACAGCAUGGAGUAGUUAACGGAACCUCUCAUCCCCCUCUUCUGGAAAGGAGCCCAUAUUCCAGUGUGUUUCAUGUGGUCGAAGGCUUUGCUCUUGUCAUUCUCUGUAGCAGUCGACCAGCCACCAGGAGAUUAGCCGUCAGUGUCCUUAGAGAAAUACGGGCUUUAUUUGCACUUUUGGAAAUACCUAAGGGUGAUGAUGAAUUAGCCAUAGAUGUGAUGGACAGGCUGAGCCCAUCCAUUCUGGAGAGCUUUAUACAUCUCACUGGGGCUGAUCAGACCACUUUGCUGUAUUGCCCUAGCUCAAUAGACUUACAGACGUUAGCAGAGUGGAAUUCGUCCCCUAUUAGCCACCAGUUUGAUGUGAUCAGUCCAUCACACAUAUGGAUAUUUGCACAUGUGACCCAAGGCCAAGACCCAUGGAUUAUAAGUCUCUCUAGUUUUUUAAAGCAAGAAAACCUUCCCAAACACUGCUCUACAGCUGUGAGCUAUGCAUGGACGUUUGCAUACACCAGACUUCAGUCAUUGUCCCCCCAAGUUGAUAUAAAUAGCCCCAUCAACGCGAAGAAAGUGAGCACCGCCGCGAGCAGUGACUCGUACGUGGGGCUGUGGAGGAACUACCUGCUGCUGUGCUGCAGCGCGGCUAGUGCGGCCGCGGCCUCGUCCACAGGCUCCGUGCGCUGCUCUCCCCCCGAGACGCUGGCGUCCACCCCCGACAGCGGCUACUGCAUCGAUCCCAAGAUUAUUGCCGUCCCAUCCCCCUCAUCCUUGUUUAAGCACAUAGUUCCAAUGAUGCGCUCUGAGAGUAUGGAAAUCACAGAAUCCCUUGUUCUAGGUCUUGGCAGGACCAACCCAGGAGCUUUUAGGGAACUAAUAGAGGAAUUGCACCCCAUAAUUAAAGAAGCACUCGAAAGAAGGCCAGAGAACAUGAAACGGCGCAGGCGUCGAGAUAUUUUACGAGUACAGCUGGUACGAAUAUUUGAACUGCUGGCAGAUGCUGGUGUCAUUAGCCACAGUGCAAGUGGUGGCCUUGAUAAUGAAACACAUUUCCUCAACAACACUCUGUUGGAGUAUGUAGAUUUAACUAGGCAACUCCUGGAAGCAGAAAAUGAAAAAGACUCGGACACACUGAAGGAUAUACGAUGCCAUUUCAGUGCCUUAGUGGCGAAUAUCAUUCAGAAUGUUCCAGUGCAUCAGAGAAGAAGUAUUUUCCCUCAACAGAGCCUUCGCCACAGUCUGUUUAUGCUGUUCAGUCACUGGGCUGGUCCUUUCAGCAUCAUGUUUACUCCCUUGGACAGAUACAGUGAUAGAAAUAUGCAAAUCAACAGACACCAGUACUGUGCACUGAAGGCUAUGUCUGCUGUACUGUGUUGUGGCCCUGUUGCAGAUAAUGUAGGACUUUCAUCAGAUGGCUAUUUGUACAAAUGGUUGGAUAACAUUUUGGACUCUCUGGACAAAAAGGUUCACCAGCUGGGCUGUGAGGCAGUCACAUUAUUGCUGGAGCUGAACCCGGAUCAGAGCAACCUGAUGUACUGGGCUGUGGAUCGCUGUUACACGGGCUCCAGGAGGGUGGCUGCCGGCUGCUUUCGCGCCAUCGCCAACGUCUUCCAGAACAGGGAUUAUCAGUGUGACACAGUGAUGCUCCUGAAUCUGAUCCUGUUUAAAGCAGCUGAUGCCUCUCGAAGUAUCUAUGAAGUUGCUAUGCAACUUUUACAGAUCCUGGAACCGAAGAUGUUUCGCUAUGCUCACAAAUUGGAGGUUCCGAGAACAGAUGGAGUCCUCAGCCAGCUGUCCCCUCUGCCACAUCUGUAUUCUGUUUCCUAUUAUCAGCUGUCUGAGGAGCUAGCACGGGCUUAUCCUGAGCUCACUCUUGCCAUGUUCUCAGAAAUAAGCCAGAGAAUCCCGACGGCGCACCCCGCGGGCAGGCAAGUCAUGCUGCACUAUCUGCUACCCUGGAUGAACAACAUUGAGUUGGUCGACUUGAAGCCUCUGCCCACUGCACGGCGGCACGAUGAAGACGAAGACGAGUCCUUCCACGACCGAGAGCAGAUGGUGACAAGCAGGCGGUGGCUGCGAGGAGAAGGCUGGGGGUCCCCACAAGCCACGGCAAUGGUUUUGAACAAUCUGAUGUACAUGACAGCGAAGUACGGUGAUGAGCUGGCCUGGUCGGAAGUGGAAAAUGUGUGGACCACACUUGCGGAUGGCUGGCCCAAGAACCUGAAAAUAAUUUUGCACUUUUUGAUCGGCAUUUGUGGCGUGAACAGUGAACCAAGCCUUUUGCCUUACGUGAAGAAAGUGAUUGUAUAUUUGGGUAGAGACAAAACAAUGCAGUUGCUCGAAGAGCUGGUGGGUGAGCUUCAGCUAACAGAGCCCGUGAGCUCUGGCGUCACCCACAUGGACAACCCCCCGUAUUACCGCAUCACUUCCAGCUAUAAAGUACCCUCCGUCACCUCAGGAACUACUUCCAGUAGCAAUACAAUGGUAGCACCCACUGACAGCGAUCCUGAUAAUAAGCCAUUGAAAGAGAAUCUUGAAGAGGGCUACGUGCACCUCGACAUCUACGGUGGACUCAACAGCCAUUUAAAUCGCCAGCACCACAGGCUAGAAUCCCGAUAUAGUAGCAGCUCUGGAGGAUCUUAUGAAGAAGAGAAAAGUGAUUCAAUGCCACUUUAUUCUAAUUGGCGGCUGAAAGUGAUGGAGCAUAAUCAAGGAGCACCACUGCCCUUCCCGCCAGCCGGAGGCUGCUGGUCACCGCUGGUGGAUUACUUGCCUGAAACAUCAUCACCUGGAUUACCUCUUCACAGGUGUAACAUAGCCGUGAUCCUUUUGACCGACCUGAUUAUUGAUCACAAAGUGAAGGUGGACUGGGGGAGCUACCUCCAUCUUCUUCUUCAUGCCAUUUUUAUAGGGUUCGACCACUGCCACCCUGAGGUGUAUGAGCACUGCAAGCGGCUGCUCCUUCACCUACUCAUAGUGAUGGGACCCAGCAGCAACAUCCGCACAGUUGCCUCUGUCCUUCUCAGGAACAAGGAGUUCAGUGAGCCCAGGGCGCUCACGGUCAAGCCGGCGGCACACUCUGAUUACACUUUCACAGGUGUGAAUGAUUUUAUACCCGAUUACCAGCCCUCCCCCAUGACUGACUCAGGGCUUAGCUCCAGUUCUACCUCUUCUAGUAUCAGCUUAGGAAACAACAGCACCGCCAUCUCGCACCUGCACCCCACGAUCCUCAAUGAGGUUGACCUCUCAGUCGAGCAGGAUGGAAAAGUCAAAACCCUCAUGGAAUUCAUUACCUCAAGAAAAAGAGGGCCUCUUUGGAACCAUGAGGAUGUUUCUGCCAAGAACCCCAGCAUCAAGAGUGCUGAGCAGCUAACUACAUUUUUGAAGCACGUGAUCUCUGUUUUUAAGCAGUCAAGUUCAGAAGGGGUCCAUUUGGAGCAUCACCUCAGCGAGGUGGCACUGCACACGGCGCUCUCAUGCACGUCCCGGCACUAUGCAGGGAGAUCCUUCCAGAUCUUCAGGGCCCUGAGGCAGCCCCUCUCUGCAGCUACGCUGUCUGACGUUCUCUCCCGGCUCGUGGAAACGGUUGGCGACCCAGGAGAAGAUGCACAGGGAUUUGUGAUUGAGCUGCUCCUCACGUUGGAAUCUGCAAUCGAUACCUUGGCUGAAACGAUGAAGCAUUACGAUCUUCUUUCUGCCCUUUCUCAAACCUCGUACCAUGACCCUAUAAUGGGAAACAAGUAUGCAGCUAACAGGAAAAGCACUGGACAGCUCAACCUAAGCACAAGUCCCAUCUAUAGUAGCAGUUAUUUGGGAUACACCAGUAACUCGAGAAGUAACUCUUUGAGAUUAAGUUUUAUUGGUGACCGCAGAGGUGACCGGCGGCGAAGUAACACACUGGAUAUAAUGGAUGGACGGAUAAAUCAUAGCGGUAGUUUAGCGAGGACUCGAAGCCUUUCCUCCCUGCGAGAGAAAGGGAUGUACGAUGUGCAGCCCCCUACUGAGCCUGCCAACCUGAUGGCCACCAUCUUCUGGAUAGCAGCGUCUUUACUAGAAUCCGACUACGAGUACGAAUACCUCCUGGCUCUCAGGCUUCUCAACAAACUGCUGAUCCACUUGCCUCUGGAUAAGUCUGAGAGUCGAGAGAAGAUUGAAAAUGUACAAAGCAAACUGAAGUGGACUAAUUUCCCUGGCCUUCAGCAGCUCUUCCUGAAGGGUUUUACCUCAGUCUCCACUCAAGAGAUGACCGUGCACCUCCUCAGCAAGCUCACCGCCGUCUCCAAGCACACACUGGUGGACCCUGCCCAGCUGUCAGGCUUUCCUCUUAACAUCCUUUGCUUAUUGCCUCACUUAAUCCAGCAUUUUGACAGCCCAACUCAGUUUUGCAAAGAAACAGCUAGUCGAAUAGCAAAGGUUUGUGCAGAAGAAAAAUGCCCGACCCUUGUCAACCUGGCUCACAUGAUGAGUCUGUACAGCACACACACGUACUCCAGAGACUGUGCCAACUGGAUCAACGUCGUCUGCAGAUACCUGCACGACUCCUUCUCAGAUACCACCUUCAGCCUUGUGACUUACCUUGCAGAGCUCUUAGAGAAGGGUCUGUCGAGCAUGCAGCAGUCCCUCCUGCAGAUCAUGCACAGUCUCCUGAGUCAUGUUGACCUCUCUGCUGCUCCUGUCAAGCAAUUUAAUCUGGAGAUCAUAAAGAUCAUCAGCAAAUAUGUGCAGAGUCCUUAUUGGAAGGAGGCCCUCAACAUCUUGAAGCUGGUGGUGUCGCGCUCUGCAAGCCUUGUAGUGCCCAGCGACAUCCCCAAGACAUAUGCGGGAGACCUGGGCUCACCCGAAAUAUCCUUCACAAAGAUUUUUAAUAAUGUCUCUAAAGAGUUGCCUGGGAAGACCUUAGAUUUUCACUUCGAUAUAUCGGAGACGCCUAUCAUUGGAAAUAAGUAUGGUGAUCAGCAUAGCGCAGCUGGGAGAAACGGGAAACCAAAAGUUAUUGCCGUUACUAGAAGCACUUCUUCGACAUCUUCCGGUUCCAACUCAAAUGCCUUGGUGCCUGUUAGCUGGAAAAGGCCGCAGCUGUCACAGAGAAGGACAAGAGAAAAGCUUAUGAAUGUGCUCUCUCUGUGUGGUCCAGAAUCUGGUCUUCCAAAGAAUCCAUCAGUGAUAUUUUCUUCUAAUGAAGAUUUGGAAGUUGGAGACCCACAGACAAGCCUGAUAUCUGCCACAGAGGACAUCAUUCAGGAGGAGGAAGUCGCUGUAGAGGACAAUAGCAGUGAACAGCAAUUUGGCGUUUUUAAGGAUUUUGACUUCUUAGAUGUGGAGUUGGAAGAUGCUGAGGGUGAAAGCAUGGACAACUUCAACUGGGGGGUCCGCCGGCGCUCGCUGGACAGCAUGGACAAGGGGGACACGCCAUCCCUGCAGGAGUACCAGUGCUCCAGCAGCACGCCCAGCCUGAACCUCACCAACCAGGAGGACACCGACGAGUCCUCUGAGGAGGAGGCCGCGCUCACCGCCAGCCAGAUCCUGUCACGCACGCAGAUGUUGAACAACGGCGCUGCUGCGGACGACCCUAUGCCGGACCGUCCUGACUCGCUUCUCCGAUCUCAGGAUUCCACCGGCAGUGCCUCAGCCGAGGAAGCCCUUCAGAUCAGAGAUGAGACCCCAAGUUUGGAGGCUUCUCUAGACAGUGCUAACACCCAGCUGCCUGAGGACCCAGGUUCAGUAUUAAAGGAUGACCAGCUUCUUGCUACCUUUGAAGAGGAAGUGUCAUAUCUCAUUCAAGAGCAGGAUUCUCUAGUGUGCCGGGGGAUGCUUGAUUUAGAGGAAACGGAAAUGCCAGAGCCUCUCGCUCCUGGAAGCUACCCUGAGUCCAUCUGCGAAGAGGAUGUCACGUUAGCUUUAAAGGAACUUGAUGAAAGGUGUGAAGAAGAAGAAGCUGAUUUCUCUGGACUGUCCAGUCAGGAUGAAGAUGAGCAAGACGGUUUCCCGGAAGUGCAGACCUCCCCGCUGCCCUCGCCCUUCCUUUCUGCCAUCAUAGCAGCCUUUCAGCCAGUGGCCUAUGAGGAUGAAGAGGAAGCUUGGCGCUGCCACGUCAGCCAGAUGCUCUCGGACACCGACGGUUCCUGCGCCAUGUUCACUUUCCAGGUGUUCUCCAGGCUGUUUCAGAAAAUUCAGAGGCGGUUUGGAGAUAUCACUCACACAGCCGUCCACUUUCUCGGUGAAAGUCUGCAGCGCAUUGGCACCAAAUUUACAAGUUCCCUGGAAGUGAUGAUGGCAUGUUCAGAGUGCCCCACUGUCUUUGUGGACGCCGAGACACUGAUGUCAUGUGGCUUGCUGGAAACACUCAAGUUCAGUGUUUUGGAGUUGCAAGAACACCUGGAUACGUAUAACGCCAAGAGAGAAGCCGCUGAGCAGUGGUUAGACAAUUGUAAGAGGACAUUUGGUGCCAAAGAAGACAUGUAUAGGAUAAACACAGACGCACAACAAAUGGAAAUUCUAGCAGAACUAGAGCUCUGCCGGAGGCUAUACAAAUUGCAUUUUCAGUUGCUACUUCUAUUCCAAGCCUACUGUAAGCUUAUCAAUCAAGUAAACACAAUAAAAAAUGAAGCAGAGGUCACCAACAUGUCAGAGGAACUUGCCCAGCUAGAAAGGAUCCUCAAAGAAGCUGAGUCUGCUUCAGACAAUGAAAAGAUUGACAUUCCCAAAGCUGCACAGUUUACUAUAGAGACUGCCAUUCAUUCGCUCAUCGAAACUUUGAAAACUAAGGAGUUUAUAUCCGCUGUAACACAAGUCAAAGCUUUCAGGUCCCUCUGGCCCAAUGACAUCUUUGGCGGUUGUGAAGAUGACCUCGUGGAGACUCUGUUGCACAUCUAUUUCCACCACCAGACACUGGGCCAGACAGGAAGCUUCGCGGUGAUCGGCUCCGACCUGGACAUGUCAGAAGCCAACUACAAGCUGAUGGAGCUCAACCUCGAGAUCAGAGAGAGCCUGCGUGUGGUGCAACCCUACCAGCGCCUAGCGCAAGCCAAGCCCAUUGGGAAUUUGGUGAGCACCGGAUUCUGAGGAGUUGGGACCGAAGAGGACAAGUACUAAUAAGCACCUUCUAGGCACCCUUGCAAGUCACCCGGGAACCCUUUGUGGCGGCACCCACAACCCUCAUGUAACCGAUGCCUAACCUGAUCAAGAGAAAGGAAGGCUGGAAGAGCAAAGGUCUGAAGGGGGAAAGGGAAUCAUUUAGCAGCUGCCAACACCUCCCAUGACAACUGUAUAGAAGAGGAGUUGGGUUAUUGUUUUUCUUCUCUUUAAUUAACCUAUGUGAAAAGACAAGGGCUACAAGUGAUGCAAAUAAAAACAUUACUUUCUGGAGAAAGCAAAGAAUUCUAAGACUGUUUGCAAUAAUGGCCUCUAAUACUGAGACAAUGGAAAGCAGGUGAGAUGAGGCUGAAAUUGAGGCUGGUUCAUUUUAGCUGAAGACCUGCCCAGCUACUUGGAUUUCUAGCAGACAUAAGCAGCUUAGUCAUCUAUAUGAAGAACCUCCCGUCGGAUAGAUACAUAGAAAGACUGAUUUGCAAAAAAAAAAAAAAAAAAAAGAUUUUUUUUUUCCUUGAUUUGUGGGAUAAGGGUAUGGGUGGGUGUUUUUGUUUUUGGUCUGAUGGUUUUUUAUUUGUAUUUUUUGGUCUGUAUAAGGAAUUAUGUGUGUGUGAGCUGAGAUGUGUGAAUAUGUGAUAGUCCUAUUUUUCAAGGUAUGGAUGUUCGGUGAUGUCUCAGCAUGCCUCUAAGAGCACUGCAAGAUUAUUUUUGAAGAAAUUUUAUUUUAUUAGCGCUAACUCUUCAUAGUGUGUAAAUGUUAGAACAUUUUAAUAAUAUUUUGAAGCUGGGCUCUCCCAGUAUUUCGCAAAGAAAUAAUAUAUCUGUUAACGUAUUGGGCUGCUGCUCAGUUCUCUGAUCAGUGCUUAAGACACGAUUGUUGAUAACUAACCAAAGUAGAUGCCUGCAGAGACUUUAAAAUGUAAAAUAAAGACAUAUGCUGCCCGUCAGCUAUUCUCAUUAGAAAAGUUAACUUAUUUUACUCCAUAAUUAUAGAAACUGUAUAGAUUAAAACCAGUAUUUUCUUGUACAUUUGUGCACGGCACUGUUAUACAGGAAUGGGUGUACAAAGCUAAAGCAAAACUUGUGGUCGUUGAUGAUGAUCGACUGUAUGACUUGCAGGCCCCGAAAGUCUGCAGAAUUCCAGAAAAGAGAUGCAAAUACAUUUUUUUAUAUGUUUGUUCAGGACUCACACGUUUCACCCUGAAAGGAGCCUGGGGCUCAAGGCGGGGGG